AUGUAUUUGGACUGCGGGACAACAUUCAUUGGAGCAGACGCCGCGCUCAAGAAAAUGUUCAUCCAGAGUUCCCAAGAACAUCAACGAAUCGCUCAAAUUCUACAACGUAAUUGCACCAUAUGGGAGUUCAACCCACCAGGCGCUCCACACAUGGGGAGCAAGUGGGAGGCGGUGGUGAAAUCCGUGAAGUUUCAUCUGAAACGGACUAUCGGGGAGACUUUACUCACGACGGAAAAACUCACAACGUUGCUUACGCAAAUCGAGGCCAUUCUCAACUCGCGGCCUUUAGAACCGUUGAGUGACGACCCUGAAGACGUCUCAGCGCUCACGCCAGGUCAUUUCCUCAUUGGAGGUCCAAUCACUACCAUACCCAAACUAUCUCUGAUUGACCUAGCAACCUCACGACUAUCUCGGUGGCAGCUCAUCCAGCAGCGUGUUCAACAUUUUUGGGCACAAUGGUCAGCUCAUUAUCUGCAACGCCAGCAGGCGAUAUCCAAGUGGCAUCAUCCUAACAACAACAUCAAGGUGGGUUUCAUCGUGCUGCUCACCGACGAACGCUCUCCACCGUGCAAAUGGCCACUCACCAGAGUAACAGCUUUGCACCCCGGCAAGGAUGGACUCACCAGGGUGGUUACCCUCAAGACGGCCACCACGACACUCACUCGGCCAAGUGCCAAGUUUGCCAUAUUACCCAUUUCAACCGGAUGA